AUGACUUCAGAUCCGUUGCUGGAUCUGCUUUCGGACGGGGAGGCCAAUGUUCCCAACUACAGAUGUGGACGGCAGAGAAACACGGUGGCUGUUCUGGAAGGGGCUGAGACUGGCAUCUCCAUCCAAAUUUCAACCUUGUUGGACACCUACAAAAUCCCUCAGAUCAGUUACAAUUUGGCUUCCCGGAUUCUGAGGGAUAAAACUCAGUUUCCUUUCUUCUACCCGAUGCUCCCUGCGGAAGGAGUCCAGUACCCAGGGAUGGUCCAGCUUCUCCUCUAUUUCAAGUGGACCAUGGAUGACUUUUCGGUGAAAGUCUGGAGGCGGUGCAGACAGAAAGAAGAACUGGUGGCUCUGAGGGAAGAGGAGAUGGAUCGGAUCCUGGCUAUGGACAGUUAUCUCACUUACAGCACCAUCUGGGCUGUGGGCAGGGCCUUAAAUUCAGCUCAUAUCUCCACAUUAAAGAGAUCUGUGAGGCACAGAGGCAUAAAGGUAGAAGCUCCAAAACUGGUGGCUUGGCAGCUUCACCCUUUCCUUCAAAGCCCUCAGUUUCACAAUAAUUCCAUAGCUGGGAUAUAUUUGGAUGAGAAAGGAGAUCUGACAGCUGACCUGGACAUUUUGAACUGGAUUGUUUUUCCAAACAAAUCUGUUAAAAGAAUGAAAACUGGAAGUGUAGAAAAACAGACAACGCAGGAUUUUAAAGUUACCAUUGACCAGAGGAACGUUGGACAGACCUUACCGACUUCCAGGUGGGUGGAAAGCUGUCAUCCUGGAUUCAUGAAGGUGGUUUUGGAAGGGAAACCCAUCUGUUGCUACCAUUGUCUCCCUUGUCCAGAAGGAACCAUCUCCACCAUGGAAGAUGCUGAAAAAUGCACGAAAUGCCCAAUGGGUCAGCAUCCAAGCAUCAACCGAGAUGGCUGUAUACCUAAGGUUGAAACUUUCCUAUCCUACCAAGAAAUAUUGGGGAUCAUCCUAGCUUCCUUUGCCUUGUUCCUGGUUUUGGCAACAGGUUUCAUCUUCGUAGUAUUCAUUAAAUUUCAAGAAACUCCCAUGGUCAAAGCCAGCAAUCGUGAUCUCUCCUGCAUCCUCCUCAUCUCCCUCCUGUUUUCAUUCUUGACCUCAUUCUUAUUCAUUGGCCAGCCAAGAGUAACCACGUGCCUUGUCCAGCAAACAGCAUUCAGCAACAUUUUUACAGUUGCCAUUUCUACUGUCUUGGCCAAAACUGUCAUGGUGGUGUUAGCCUUCUUGGCCACAAAACCAGGGAGUAAAGUGCAAAGAUGGCUAGGGAAGAGCUUGGCCAACUCUAUCAUACUUUCUUGCUCUGGGGUCCAAGUUGUCAUCUGCAGCAUCUGGUUGGACACCUCUCCCCCAUUCCCAGAGUCGGACAUGUACUCAGAGUCUUCUCAGGUCAUCCUGCAAUGUAAUGAAGGCUCUGUUGUCAUGUUCUACCUUGCUCUUGGCUAUAUGGGUUUCCUGUCUGUCAUCUGCUUCACAAUGGCCUUCCUGGCCAGGAAUCUCCCGGGGGCCUUCAACGAAGCUAAACUGAUCACCUUCAGCAUGAUGGUCUUCUGCAGUGUCUGGAUAUCCUUCGUACCCACCUACCUGAGUACCAAGGGGAAGUAUAUGGUUGCCAUGCAAGUCUUCUCCAUGUUGGCUUCCAGUGCCAGAUUGUUGCUAUUAAUUUUUCUCCCCAAAUGUUACAUUAUUUUCCUAAGACCAGAUCUGAAUACAAAAGAACGUAUGAUGUCAAAAUAA